AUGGGACAAUUGCCCGCCGAUCGAAUAACACCGAAGCGACCAUUUUUCGUGAUCGGGGUUGAUUUUGCUGGACCUGUCACAACGCUGGUGAAUCGAGGUCGUGGAAGGAAAACUAACAAGUCGUACAUAUCACUCUUCAUAUGCUUUACUACCAAGGCGAUCCACAUUGAAGCAGUCAGCGAUCUCAGCUCGGCAUCCUUCAUAGCUGCGCUGAGGCGAUUUGCCGGACGUCGGGGUCAUCCACAGUGUAUUUAUUGCGACAACGCGACCAAUUUUGUCGGAGCGAAGAACGAGCUCACCGAAAUGUGCGAAUUAAUUAAACGGGAAAACCGAGAAAUAAUGGACGAGUUUUGUAUCCCAAAUAAUGUAGAAUGGAAAUUCAUUCCCCCGUCAGCUCCUCACAUGGGGGGAUUGUGGGAGGCCGGCGUAAAGUCAUGUAAGUUUCAUUUGAAACGAAUCAUCGGAGGUAGUCUGUUGACAUUCGAGGAGUUAAGUACUGUGUUAAUUCAGAUUGAGGCUUGUUUAAAUUCGCGCCCCAUUUGUCAAGUCCCAUCAGCGGCCGCGGACUUGCAACCGCUAACACCCGGACACUUUCUGAUAGGCGGUCCCUUGGUUGCUCUUCCGGAAAUCGAUGUAACUGAAGUACCUAUAAAUCGACUCGAUCGCUGGCAGACGGUUCAGAGACUUGCGCAAGAUUUUUGGAAAAGAUGGAGCAGGGAAUAUUUAACUUCUCUACAAGGUAGAUCGAAAUGGACUCGUGAACAAACUAAUUUAUCAACCGACGAUGUUGUUAUGAUACAAGAUAGUAACGCGCCACCUUUGAAGUGGAAGUUAGGAAAAAUUAUUGAAACUCACAAAGGAAGCGACGGUAGGGUACGCGUUGUAACUCUCAAAACUGCGAAUGGAAUAUGUAAGAGAUCGAUCACCAAAUUAUGUAAACUCCCGCUAACCGAUGUACCGUUAUCCAUGUCAAACGAAAGUAAAAUUAAUCGUCAUUAA